AUGAAUCCAACCUCCCUCCCAAGUUCCGAGGUCUUUUUCUUCAGCAUGAAUUCCCUAAUCUUCACUUUCAACAGCAGAGGGAUCAGAGUGAGGAAGGCUAGGCUAGUGGCACAUGACACCAAGGCAGUGAAAAUUUUGAAGACAGUGAUUGUCAGCAUGAAUUCAAAAGAGUGGGGACCAGAACUCAUCCCUGUCAGCAAAUGUGUCGCUCCACAAAGUGCAAUGAAAAAAAUGAACAGAAAGAUGACCCAUUUGAAUCGGAAGUUUGAGCGACAAAGAAAGUGA